AUGUCGAAGGAAUUUCAUGUUGGGCAGCCUGGUAUCUUGAGGAUGGAAGCUUUAAUGCGUAGCUACGUGUAUUGGCCAAAAAUGGAUAAAGAAGUUGAAAAUUUAGUGAAAGACUGCAGAGAAUGCGCUCUAGCAGCAAAAUUAUUGACGAUAAAAUGUGAACCUUGGCCAAAAGUAGAUGUUCCGUGGUCAAGACUACACAUCGAUUUCGCUGAUCUCUUAAACGGUUCAUACUACUUAGUGAUAGUAAGUAGUUUCUCUAACUGGCCAGAAAUUUGUAAGUGUAAAAAACCAACCUCCUCAGCUGUGACAAUUUUUUUACAUGAGUUGUUUGCGAGAUUUGGCGUCCCAGACGCGACAACUUCUGACAAUGGAACACAAUUUGUGCCUUUUGAAUUUAAAAUGUUUUGUAAAACGUUCGCUCUAGAACAUGUAACUACGGGGCUAUACCAUCCCAGUUCUCACGGACAGGCAGAACGCUUUGUCGAUAUGUUCAAGAGAGCCCUAAGAAAGUUGAAAAAGGAAGUGACGGAUGAGGUAGCUCUACAAUUCUUAUGGGUAUACCACGUGACACCAAAUCCAAAUGCACCAGAAGGAUACUAUCUAAACUACCCUCCUAUUCAUCCUCCUACUCACUACCUCUACUACUAUUACAUCCCUUAG